AUGCACCUAACUACCAUCGAUGGCGAUGAAGAUCUACGUAUUCACAAUAUUUCCAUACUUCCAUCCGAUCAAUGCGCGACCGAUGACCAAAGGGCGGCAAAAUGUUGUUGCGGUGAUGGAUUCUUCUUCGAUUUCCCAAGGAAACGCUGUGAGGUCUCGCUCAACGUUGGAUUCAUGUUCGGGCGACUAAACAACGGAUGGUCACACAUGAUCGUAUACGGUUUUGCCUAUCCCAUGCUCUUACUAACAUUAAUCGCACCACUUUGUGCUGUUAUGCUAGGCAUGGGAAAACGUGAAAAACGUGAAGGUGACAGACGAUUUCCCAAUCCCCUUUAUCAGAUGAUAUGGUUACUUUCGUUUUGUGGUUGGGUAAGUGUGCUCGCGCCAUUGCCGUUUACCGUUUGGUAUUAUAUCAUUGGAGAAGGGACGAGGUCGCUCAAUCAGUCUGUGGUAAUGUGCCAUGUUUUUCGUACAACUAUGGAAGCAAUUCCGCACACCGUUGACACAAUGAUGACGUUAUUCAGUGUUUUGUUAGCGGCAGCCAGGUUUCUGACGCAAUAUCAUCGGAAUACCCUGAAGCUACGGACGGUUGAACGAUUCUCAAGAGCAAUCUGGCUAAUUAUAUUUAUUUGCAUUGCUAUUGGAUUAUUAAGAUUUUUCGAACAUGAUACAACCGUCUAUCAAUUUUGCAUGGAUACAGAACCAACGCCUCGAUGGGCUAGUCGAUGUAUGGUUCGCGAUGGUGCUUUAAUGAGUGUCCUUACUAGAUCGUUUUGGAAGGUGUUUCUUCCGCUAUCUGAUUUUGUUGUACAGUUUUUGAUACCUGGCUGCCUGCUUGCACUGCUUCACGUUGGAUUCAUUCGUGAACCAGAAAUCGAUAUGGGAUCUAUGACGAGACACAAUCGAUUUGGAAGAACACCACGAGAUCAGACACGAAUCCUCAUAACAACUGUUACUAUUGCAUUUCUUGUUGUUCAAGUGCCGACUGCUUUUAUUACUACGUUGAGCCUCACUAUAAAUCAUUUUCAAAAUAAUAAUGCGCUGAUGAUACUUGCCUUGGUGACUGGCCAUCUACAACCAUUUCUUUCAAUUAUAACUAUUGCCGCUAACUCUGCUGCUUUAUUGACUGCUUACUACGUUAUUGUUAAGGAUGACGACGAGGAUGUUGGUGAUUCACAUAAUUCCAUAUCGGAUACGGAAGGACCGCAUGAGAUGCUGUUACGUCAGCAACGAGAACGGCGUAACACAAGACUUUCAAGGACCUAUCUCAGCGUUAGCCAUUCGUUCGACACUGGAUCAUUACGCUCGUUUUCAAGAAAAGGAUCCGAAAUCCCCGAUGAUAUUUUAUGA